AUUCAAGGUCUAUAAAACUUCUUCGUCUGUCCUAGAGUGGUUCAUCCUCAAGUUUUUCCCACGAUCACCUAGUUUUAUGUAACUACGAGAUCGUUGUUUGAGAACUACGUUUUGUUGUUUAUUUUUUUAUUUUUAUGAUGACAAUAAAACGGUAAAUAAAAAAAAUAAAGCUUUUUUUUUUUGCUUUUUUUACAGCUAAAACUAAACUAUGGUUUAUGUAUGAGUUAUUCUUCAACUUUAUUAAUGUCAAAAAAAUCAAUACCUAUUCGUGCUGUACUAUUCUACGUAUUCUUUUUUGUUAACCUUUAAGGAACAAAAUAAAUUAUUUAUGUCAAAGGUAUUUGUAUUCGAUUUACCUGAUCUAAUAUUGACAACAUUCAUUACAACACUUAAUAUGGAAGAUGAAACGUUAUAUAGACAGUCAUUACGUGUGUUGAUGGAAAAAUUACCGAAACAUGGUGAACUGUUGACAAAAUUUGGUGAACAAUUAAAAUAA